CACGUAUUUAUGGAUGUAAGCGGGAACAUUUCGCUUGCAUGCCAAAUAAAAAUCGUUGCAGCAGCUAUUUUACGCUUUUGCAGCUAAUCGAGGGAGCACUUUUUUCACCUAUCGACCAUUGUUGAAAGUGGAGCGACGCACUGGAAGUCUUUCUUUUGGCGUUAUAUUAUAGCCAACGAGCGGUGACUGUACUGUGGACCCGCGCAUGCGCAGUCGGAGCCCCGGAGCCGCAGGAGAUCAGAGCUGUGCUCCAGCACAACACACUGGGACGCCGUCAUGAGUGCCAAAGUGAACAUGGAGGCUCCAGCCAAAGAACCGGACUGCACCCCUAUGGAUCCGUCAUCUUCGUCUCCCACAGAGGCAAUCCUCAUCUGCGGGGGUGAUGGUGUGACCAAGAAGGCUCGGCCUCAGCCCCACACCACCACUGCUCUCCUGCUACCAGGUGAACUCAUAUCUCCUGCCCAUCAGAAGGUGGAGGUGACUCCAGCUGUUGCAGUGGGUAACCCAGGUAAAGGAAGCAGAGCCAAUGAGAUGGCAACGCCCGCACUGACAGCACAGGUGGGCGGAGCUUGUAGCAUUGUCCAUGUCCUAGAGUUGAAGGAGGGAAUGGCCAUCCUGCCCAGUAGCAACCUCAAGUUCUGUGUGAGUGACUUAGGAGCUCUGAGCACACUGAUCACCCCGGGUACCGCCAGCAGCACUGCUGAACCUGCAGCAGGGACUUCUGGGAGAUCCACUGACGCAGAAAGAGUUCCAGACAAGCCAGAUGCGUCGGCUCCUGCCAGCUCUGGGAGGGGCGUGGCCCUGGAGCCAGAGAGGUUGGUGCCGGUCAAAGCUGAAGUCCAGGUUGAUCCAGGACAACAGAACCAUAAUCCCAGAGCUCAGCGGACCUACACAGAAGAGCUCCGCAGAGACCCCAUCACUGACAAGAGGAGCGUUGGCGUGGAGAAGGUUCCGGCAGGCGGGAGAGUCUCCCUCAACCCCGAUCACCUGAAGCCCAUGAGGAAGAGGAAAAGGAAGGAGUACCUGAGUCCAUCUGAGGAAGACUCGGACAUCGAGGGCACGGAUGAGAAAAUGGAUGAUUCUAAAGCAGAUGGCCGACACAUCAGAGGAGGUGGAGACAGUAAGACAGAGCAGUGGACGUGGGCUCAGUACCUGGAGGAGACCAAAGCUGUUGCUGCUCCUAACAAGCUUUUCCAAGAGUCCCAGAGAGUGCCGACAGUGAAGAACGGCUUCAAACAGGGGAUGAAACUGGAAGGCAUUGACCCGCAGCAUCCGUCCAUGUACUUUGUCCUCACUGUGGCUGAGGUCUGCGGUUAUCGGCUGCGGCUCCAUUUUGAUGGCUACUCUGACUGUCAUGACUUCUGGGUGAAUGCCAACUCUCCCGACAUCCACGCUGCAGGCUGGUGUGAGAGCACAGGGCACAAAUUGCACACCCCCAAAGGCUGUAAAGAGGAGGAGUUUACUUGGACCAACUAUCUGAGAAUGACUAAAGCACAAGUGGCUCCCAAAGAACUUUUUGCCAGUCCCGGAAGGAUCGAUGUAAAGUGUGGUUUCGAGAUAGGAAUGAAGCUGGAGGCCGUCGAUCGUAUGAACCCCUCCCUGAUCUGUGUAGCAACCAUCACCGAUGUGGUGGACGACCGCUUCCUGGUUCAUUUUGACAACUGGGAUGACACAUAUGACUACUGGUGUGAUUCCAGCAGUCCGUACAUUCAUCCUAUUGGUUGGUGCCAAGAAAGGAACCUCCCUCUAACACCACCCCAAGAUUAUCCAGACCAGGGCCGGUUCUCCUGGACUCGAUACUUGGAGGAGACAGGAUCCAAAGCAGUGGCUGCUGAUGCCUUUAAAGUGCGGUCACCUCACAGCUUUCAGCCUCAGAUGAAACUGGAGGCUGUGGACAAGAGAAGUCCCGGUCUCAUAAGAGUGGCUACAGUUGAGGAGGUGGACACGCAUCGCAUUAAGAUCCAUUAUGAUGGCUGGAGUCACGUCUAUGAUGAGUGGGUAGACUCAGAUCACCCAGACAUCCAUCCAGCAGGCUGGUGUGAGGCGACCGGUCACCCGCUUAAAAUCCCUCCACGGGACACCAAAACACAGCAACCGCAUGGUAGCAACCAGCCUCAUGUGACUCCUUUUUCUUCACUUAAAACUGGAGGUGUGAGGGAGCCUCCUGCUACAGGCCAGUCCACCUACACCUCCUCUGUUCCCUGUAAACCCAUCAGUCAGCCCAGAACCAACAAAUACAGCUUCCACAACAGGAAGUGUCCAACUCCAGGGUGUGACGGCUCAGGCCAUGUCACCGGUCGCUUCACCGCCCAUCACUGCAUAUCCGGCUGCCCAUUGGCUGAGCGUAACCAGGGUAGGCUGAAGGCUGACCUAUCAGACUCAGAGUGCAAGAGAAACCUCUUCUUUGGUCAGAGGACUAAGAAGACUCAUUACCGUGGCAGGAUUGGUCGUCCUCCCAAAUACAGAAAGAAUCAACAGAGGGACUACCAGAACAUGUCCUCACAGGGAGUGUAUCCGUCACUGUUCAUGUCAGCUUUGAGCAACCAAUCAGACCGCACUCUGUCUUUGUGCUGGGAACAGCACUGCAAGCUGCUGCCCGGCGUUCAGGGCAUUCACGCCAGCCAGGUGGCCGCAUGGAGCGUCGAGGAGGUCUUCAGAUUUGUCCAGAAUUUAAUUGGCUGUGAAGAACAGGCUCGUCUCUUCAAAGAAGAGAUGAUCGACGGGGAGGCUUUCCUGCUGCUGACCCAGACUGACAUUGUGAAGAUCAUGAGCAUUAAGUUAGGCCCCGCCCUCAAGAUCUCCAACGCCAUCCUCAUGUUCAAGAGCACAGACGAGGGACUGAAGUGAAUCCCGCCCUCACUCAGUGGCAGCGCUGUGCCGCCAAUCAUCAUGUGCCAAAUUCAUUCUGUUGCAGGGAAAAAGACCCUGACCCCUUUUUCAUGUGUUCGGUGUCCUGUACCCAUCAGAGAG